AUGCCAGCUCGAGAAGUUGAAGACUACCUUGCAAAGCUACUACAUGGCGUGCCAGAAUCGCUCCAUCCGAUUGUCGACAAGUUCCAGAGGUUUUAUGACCGCAAACUCUGGCAUCAACUCACCCUAGCAGUAUUCGAAUUCCUUGAACAUCCAGACUCGAAGCCAUUCCAACUAGAAGUAUACAAUAAAUUUGUCUCCGACUUUCAAGCAAAACUCGAUCGCCUACGUCUGGCUCAAAUUGGCGUAAAGGUCUCUCGCGAAAUCUCCGCCGACUCACCGCAACAUGUCGAAUUCCUUGUCGCUCUCAAGGAGAAAAUUUCCGUCACCGAUCAUCCUCAGGCGCACGCGCUUGUUCUGACCUCGCUAGCGCAUGCCAAACUCUUGUUUGCAGAUGCAAUCGGCGCGCGAACAGAUCUUGAAGAAGCGGGGUCUUUGUUAGAGAAUGUUGAUGGCGUAGAUAAGAGCGUUCACGCGGCAUAUUACGAAGUCAAGGCUGACUAUCACAAGAUGAAAGGGGAGUAUGCACCAUAUUACAAACACUCCCUACUCUACCUCGCUUGUGUCGACAUCGACAAAGAUCUCAACGGCAAGCAGCGGUUUGACCGAGCCAAAGAUCUCAGUCUGAGUGCGUUGUUGGCGGAUAGCAUCUACAACUUUGGAGAGUUGAUUAUGCAUCCAAUCCUCGAUUCGCUUAAGCAUACUCCAGAGGAAUGGCUUGGAAACCUCUUGUUCACGUUCAACGAAGGGAACAUUCAAAAGUUUGACUCGCUGACGCCACUGUUCCCAAAAGAGCCCAUACUUCAACAUAACUUUGCGUUUUUGCGACAAAAGAUCUGUCUGAUGGCUCUUAUAGAGACGGUCUUCAGGCGCAAGGCCUCGGAGCGAACACUUACCUUUCAGACAAUCGCAGAGGAGACGCAGACGCCACUGGGAGAAGUCGAGCACUUGGUGAUGAAGGCACUUAGUUUGAAACUGAUCGCUGGGACCUUGGACGAACCUGCCGCCAAAGCGCAUAUUACAUGGGUCCAGCCACGCGUUCUAUCACGAACACAGAUUGAGGCGCUCGCUGGAUCGUUGACCAACUGGCUGGAAAAGAUGGAUGGCCUUGAAGGGUUCGUGAAAGAGGAAGGAGGCCUAGUGAUGGUCUGA